AUGGAAGCUUUUACAGGUUUAUUGGCUGCAAUGCUAGCUAUUUCGGCUAUUACAGCUAACGGGCAAAUUAGCACUCCAUGUACAGCAUCAAUGAUUGCUGGCUUCACCCCUUGUGUAAACUACGUCAUGGGAAGUAGUUCAAAUGGAGGAUCACCAACCGCAAGCUGCUGUGCUGCAGUUGAGUCCCUCAUGACCACAAGCUCAGAGUGUGCGUGUCUUAUAAUUACAGGAAAUGUUCCUGUUUCACUACCAAGUCCAAUCAGCCAGGCCUUAGCUAUUACGCUCCCUAAAGCUUGUAACUCUAAAAAUAUACCGCUGCAAUGCAAAUCUACUGGUGUUCCUCUACCUCCUGCAGGUCCUGCAUUAUUUGUUCCUCCUCCGCCCAAACUUCCUCCACCCAGAGCUUUUCCACCGGCUGCUGAUUCUCCAGACUUGCCACCAAGUCCUAACGGUUCCGAGACAGCAGAACCGGCACCAACACCUUCAGAAAUGACACAGGAUGACUUGCCAGGGCCAGAUACACAUGAAGAACAGGAGGUACCUCGUGCAUCAGCACCAAUUGCUAGGCAAGGUUCAACCAUUGGUUCAGGCAUCAGACCAGUUCUUACACCCGCAUCGGCUUCAAACCCAUUACUGAUUUCACCAUCUCUUCUGUUGACAAUGUUAGUUGCAACCACAAUGACCAAUUUCCAUGAAGUCUUUUUCUUCCGAUAUAUUCUGUGAUUCACCCACUAAUAUUUAUAUUGAAAGGAAAGGGUACAUAUACUUUGUGGAUAUAGUGAAAAAUGAUGCA